CCGCUCAUUCUGGCUUCAUGCGCCGCAGUUCAAAAAUCCAGUGCGAAUCCGUAUAUUAUCUCCGUACCUCGCUCGCGUCUCGGAUAAUUCGAUAUAUUUUUUUUCGACGUUUUUCAGUGCGCGUUUAUUAAAUAUACGACGAUAUAUUAAAGUGUUUUUUUAUUAUUUUUUUAUUAUAUUAUCGGUUAAUUAUAUUUUAUUUUAAUAUAUUAUUGUAUUAUGUUUCGAUGGUUUUUCAUACCUAACCUACCUACGUUUCGAAUACGUAAAAUACUAUUCUAAUUUUUUAUAGGUUAAUGUUAAUUUUUAAUUGUUUUGGAAAAGUGUGAUAACAGUUUUUCUGAGACGAUGACGAACGUUUAAACAUGGACCGGUAUUUUUUCAACAAGACGAAUUACGAACAUAUAUAACCAGGUGCCGCCAUGGGACUGUCAGUGGCGGGAGACGGGCCUUCGUAGAUUUUACGCUGCGAAGGACACCGUCGAUUCAGCCAAAGGCAUCGCGAAGACUAUGCUAAUUGACCGGUUACAAAGCUUAAUUGCGGUGCUUAUCACAUUAAUUGGCGUUUUGCUUGCAAAUUCGGCUUCAGAACCUAUAUUACCCACGGAUUUUUUGAACGAAACGCAUCGUCAGAGCAACAACAAAAGUCUGAACAAAAACUAUCAAGACUGGUUAGGCGGAGAAGAGUCGUCGAUAGAAGAAGAGGUAGCCGACCACCAUUGGCUGUCUAGUCGUAAGAGCCAAGAAUAUCUAGUCGCUGUCGGUGGUCAGGAAGACUGUUGUCCGUCACAGAUGGAAAUGAUCGAACCGAACGGCGGAAGUAACCCAGACGGGCUGUACGUUGAGCUUUUCAGUGACGGGGCCGACAAGCAGAGGUUCUACGAGGUGUCGUGCAAGCCGGGCGUCGAGGGCAAGCCGUGUCUGUUCAUGGAGCGCAAGCUGCACGGGCAUUCGACGUGCGUGCAACGGUAUUCGUAUUCGUACGCGAUCGUGCGCGAGGAGAACGCCCGGCACCACCACGGCGUCAGCAGUGGACAGUACAACAGCAACGGCGGCAAGCAGACGUUCCAGUCGCUGUUCCCGAACGACAACAACGUUUGGAAAUUGGAUUACAUAAAGGUGCGCAGCGGGUGUGCGUGCAUGGUGCAGACGCCCAAGAAAAAGCAACAAAAGCAGAGGCGGAAGAACGGUGGCGGCGGCGGCGGUGCGGGGGGCAGCAGUGGCGGCGGCAAGAGCAGGUCACAACAGUGAGCGAUGACCAAGACGACGCCGACGACGACAACGACGACAUUACACUAUUACAGCGGCGGCGGCGGCGGUGAUGACGCCACUGCGCCGUCGAGCACGGUGUGUUCCGCGAGUCCUAUUCAAUAGACGACGACGACCCUUUUUAAUUCGUGUCGUCGUGUUCCCCCCUCAUCGCGCGCCUACGCACAAUAAUUAUGAUAAUAAUAAUAAUAUAAUGUAAUAUUACGCCGUACACACACGUUAUGAAUUAAAUUUAUUAAAUAUUUCACCUAAUAUUUUUAUCGUGUUCGCCGGCACGCCUCUCAUCCGUUUCCGACUCGACGACGAUUGUUUUUUUUAUCCACCCAUAAAUUUUUAGGUAUUAUUUUUGUUUUUUCUACUAAAUUAUAAAAUAUUGUUAUGAUAUUAUGCAAAACAAAACAAAAAAAACCACAAGCGAUAUUUUUAUACUCGAUUUUUUUUAUCGUUUUUAGUUUGUUUUUUAAUCAAAGGAAACACACGUGCGAACUUCAUGCCGCGCGAGUCUUCUUCUUCUUCUUCUCCGUUUUUUUGAUUUUUUAUUUCAUUCACUCUCGCCUCAAAUAAUACGUUCACCGCCGCACUAUAGCGAUUUCACGUAGACACCGCACACACUCGCAAUUUAUAAAGACGUUAAGGAAAAAAAAAUAGCAUUAAUUUAUACGUCGCCACGAACCGUUUUAUUAAUAUAUUAUAUAUAUUUUUUUAAUCAAAUUUUAUAAUUCAAUAUAAUAUAAAACAAUAUACAUAUAAUACACGACUAUAUUAUAUUAUAAUAUAUUAUAUAUUAUAGUGUAGCGAGCGGUUAUAAUAAUAAUAAUAAUAAUAUAUAAAAUAUUAUAUUAUACUGUUUAUAGUCAUUCGAAUGUUACCUUAGGCUUAUGAAUAGGUAAUAUUGUUAAGUAAUUACGACUGCUUCGCAACGAUAGGUAGGUAGGUAGGUAGGUAGGUAGGUAUAUACAUACUACAUAAUAUAAUAAGUGCAUAUUAUAAUAUUAAAAAAAUAAUAAUAAAUGUUUUUUGUUUUAUAUUAUAUACAUACUCGUUACCUCGAUCUAUAAUUAUCAUCUUCGGGAUGAAUUACAACAUGUUAAUUUUUUUUUUUUUAUCAAACAAAAGCGCUGCGUUUCACUACUUAUUAUACACACACACACACUCGCGUAAUCUCUCCUUAUAACUUAAUGUGCUUCUAAAUUAAUAUUAUAUAUUGUAUAUUAUUAUCCUCUUCUUCGGCACCCGCAUUAUUAACUUAUUAUUUUUUUUUUCCUUCGUCAUUCUGUUGUACAUCAUAACCAAUAAUACUAUAAUAUAUGUGUGUUUUUUAAUCUUUACAAGUGCGUACGUUAAAAUAUAUGGUAUGGAUAUAUAAUAUAUAUAUAUAUAUUGACAUAUUA